AACUUCCAAUUGAUAACGAAAAUGAUCAGUCUGAACCUAGUAAUGAUGACAUGGAAAACGUUUCGCCUGAUGUGACACCUAAUCCCAAUCCCCAGCAGAACCACACUGUUAGAGUAGCGAGACCAUGUCAUUCCAAUAGAAAAGGCCAAGUGAAGCUAAACGUGACUCAACAGCUGUGCCUAAAGCUGAUUUUUCAUGGAAAUGUCCACCUUCGCAAGGAACUCAAAAGGAAAGAAUGUGAAGAAGCUAUUGCAGCACAUAGCUGCCUUAAGGGGUUGGAAUGGAAGAAAAUAAAAAACACCAUUCAUAAUUGGAUAACAAGCAAAAAAAUCAAAACCAAAAAAAUGUUGAAACAACAGGAAAGGUAGGUCGCUAUGUGGGCCCACAAAAGUUUAGAAGUUUUGA